UUUAAUGUUCCUGUGUUACUAUCAAAAACAAGUAUAAAUACUAAAACGUGUUAAUUAAAUUUUAUUUUCGACCCUAAUUAAAUAAAGUGAAGACAAGUUUCUAUUACAGCAGAGAUGAUUUCUAAAUUUAUUAUUCUCGCCCUUGUUGGUAUUUGCCUGGCAAAGAAAGCCAUAUUGCCAAUUGAGGAAGGUGGCGAAAAAUUUGAAGAGAAAAUUGAAACCGACGUUGAAGCUGGUACUGAAAUGUACGAAACACCAGAUCACUGCGGUCGCAAAGCUGUCCGACAACUUAUUCACACUAAAUCAGGGCUUUGUGCUGACAGAGUAAAAGGCGAGAAGACAUGUGUCAUUACACCAAGUGAUCCUGCUGUUGAUAGAUCUGUACAUGAUGUUGAGAAUGGUCUAGAAAAGAGCAAAGGAAAAUUCCCGUAUCAUAAAGUCGUCGAAGUUACGAACAAAAUCAUGUUGGUUCCUUUCCCAAAUCCAGAAAAUUUGCCUAAGGCGAUCCGUAAAUUUUGUAAAGGACGAACCAUUGUCAAAGGUGUUAUCGAGAACAAAGAAGAGAAAGAACUUGAAGAAAAAGCCUUAGAAAUUGCGAAAGCUGCCAAGAAGAAUUCUCGCAAACGAGCUGUUAUCAGAGAAUUCAUUGCGUGCACUGGAAGUUCAACAAUGGUUAUUAUGACAUGUCCAGGAGAAAAACUUGAGGUGAAAUGCAAGAUCAGAUCAUCCUCAUGCACGUACCAUGUCACCUGUCCUAUGGAAUUGCAGAAAGGUGGCUUCGACUGCAAAGGUCUUCAUAAAUUCAACAGCGCAAUCUGUUGCGAUUAUAAAUGCCGUAAAUAAAUAAAUGAACAUUUUGUCUAGAA